CGCGCUUGAGGCGGUGCUCAAGGAGGAGGUGGAUUUGGAGAAAAUCCCAAUGGAUGAGGUGUUUGAGAGGCUGAGAUGCGGCAAGGAAGGACUCAGCACGCAGAGAGCUGAGGAAAGGAUCAGCAUCUUUGGCCUCAACAAGCUGGAAGAGAAGGAGGAGAGUAAAAUUCUCAAAUUUUUGGGGUUUAUGUGGAAUCCGCUGUCUUGGGUCAUGGAGGCGGCGGCGCUAAUGGCCAUCAUUGUGGCCAAUGGAGGAGUUUGGUUGAUCGUUAAUUUGCAGGGCCAGCCUCCUGAUUGGCAAGAUUUCACUGGAAUCGUUAUCCUUCUGGUGAUCAACUCCACCAUUAGCUUCUAUGAAGAGAACAACGCUGGCAAUGCUGCAGCGGCUCUGAUGGCACGGCUCGCCCCUAAAGCUAAGGUGCUUAGAGAUGGACAAUGGAGAGAAGAGGAUGCGUCCAUCCUCGUCCCUGGGGACAUCAUCAGCGUGAAGCUUGGGGAUAUUAUCCCCGCCGAUGCUCGACUCCUUGAAGGAGAUCCUCUGAAAAUCGAUCAGUCUGCCCUCACUGGGGAGUCAUUGCCGGUGACGAAAGGCCCCGGCGAUGGCGUUUAUUCUGGUUCCACAUGCAAGCAGGGAGAGAUUGAAGCUAUCGUCACUGCUACUGGAGUUCACUCCUUCUUUGGCAAGGCUGCACAUCUUGUAGACUCCACCAACCAAGUUGGCCACUUCCAAAAGGUAUUGAAGUCUAUUGGAAAUUUCUGCAUUUGCUCAAUUGCAGUGGGAAUGAUUGUGGAAAUCGUUGGGAUGUACGCGAUCCAGCACAGAGCCUACCGGACAGGAAUAGAUAAUCUGUUAGUCCUCCUCAUUGGAGGAAUCCCUAUAGCUAUGCCUACGGUUCUGUCUGUCACAAUGGCAAUUGGCUCUCAUCGUUUAUCUCAGCAGGGAGCUAUAACAAAAAGGAUGACUGCCAUAGAGGAAAUGGCUGGCAUGGAUGUUCUUUGCAGUGAUAAAACUGGAACUCUGACUUUGAACAAGCUUACAGUAGACAGAAAUCUUAUAGAGGUUUUUACCAAGGGUGCUGAUCGAGAUACUGUGAUAUUAAUGGCUGCCAGAGCCUCAAGAACUGAAAAUCAGGACGCUAUAGACACUGCUAUUGUUGGUAUGCUUGCUGACCCAAAAGAGGCUAGGGACGGAAUUCAAGAGGUUCACUUUUUGCCAUUUAAUCCUACCGACAAAAGAACUGCUUUAACUUACAUUGACAAUGAGUCGAAAAUGCAUCGUGUCAGCAAAGGUGCACCAGAACAGAUUCUAAACCUUGCACAUAAUAAGUCGGAGAUAGAACGUAGAGUUCAUACUAUUAUUGAUAAGUUUGCUGAACGUGGGCUCCGUUCACUUGCAGUGGCACAUCAGGAAGUGCCAGAGGGAAGGAAAGAAAGUUCAGGAGGUCCAUGGCAGUUUGUUGGUCUGCUCCCUCUUUUUGAUCCUCCCAGACAUGAUAGUGCAGAAACAAUACAAAAGGCACUCAACCUUGGUGUGAGUGUCAAAAUGAUCACAGGCGAUCAGCUUGCCAUAGGAAAAGAAACUGGGCGCCGCUUAGGAAUGGGUUCAAAUAUGUACCCGUCCUCUGCUUUGCUGGGCAACAACAAGGAUAACUCUGUUGCCGCUUUGCCAGUUGACGAACUGAUUGAGAAGGCUGAUGGUUUUGCUGGAGUCUUCCCUGAGCACAAGUAUGAGAUUGUUGAGCGUUUGCAAGCACGGAAGCAUAUCUGUGGUAUGACAGGUGAUGGAGUGAAUGAUGCUCCCGCAUUGAAGAAGGCCGAUAUUGGGAUAGCUGUUGCAGACGCAACUGAUGCUGCUCGUAGUGCUUCUGACAUUGUGCUCACUGAACCUGGAUUGAGUGUCAUCAUCAGUGCAGUCCUAACCAGUCGCGCUAUAUUCCAGAGGAUGAAAAAUUAUACUAUCUAUGCAGUGUCAAUUACCAUUCGUAUUGUGUUUGGCUUUAUGCUGCUCGCUCUCAUAUGGAAGUUUGACUUUCCACCCUUUAUGGUUCUCAUAAUUGCUAUCCUCAACGAUGGUACGAUAAUGACGAUAUCAAAGGACAGAGUGAAACCUUCUCCUCUCCCGGACAGUUGGAAACUGGCGGAAAUUUUUGCAACCGGAAUCAUCCUUGGAGGUUAUUUGGCAAUAAUGACAGUCAUUUUCUUCUGGGCUGCAUACAAAACUGAUUUCUUCCCGCGGGUAUUCCAUGUUGAGAGCCUUCAGGAAACUGCUCAAGGCGACACCCAAAAGCUCGCCUCUGCAAUUUACCUGCAAGUAAGCAUAAUUAGUCAGGCACUCAUAUUUGUGACACGAUCCCGCAAUUGGUCCUUUGUUGAGCGCCCAGGUUUACUGCUUGUUACAGCCUUUGUGAUUGCUCAGCUGAUUGCCACUGCAAUAGCUGUGUAUGCCAACUGGGGAUUUACUGCAAUCAAAGGGAUUGGAUGGGGCUGGGCUGGAAUUAUUUGGCUUUACAACUUCAUAUUCUACUUCCCACUUGAUAUCAUCAAAUUCAUGAUCAGAUAUGCUUUGAGUGGGAGACAAUGGGAUCAUCUUUUUGAGAGAAAAGUUGCCUUCACUAGGAAAAAGGACUUUGGUAAAGAAGCAAGGGAAUUGAAGUGGGCUCAUGCUCAGAGAACAUUGAAUGGUUUGCAGCCUCCUGACACUAAGAUGUUCAAUGAUAGAACCAACUUGGAUGAUCCUAAUCGCAUGGCUGAAGACUCCAAAAGAAGAGCUGAGAUUGCAAGGCUCAGAGAAUUGAAUACAUUGAAGGGGUAUAUGGAGUCUGUGAUAAGAAACAAAGGCAUCAACAUUGAAACUAUUGAAAAAUCCUACACAGUGUAAAGAACAGCAGCUUGUGACAAGUUAUAUAUUUAUGUACAGGAAGAACUUUCCUGCUGGUGCUGACGGCGGUAAAUAUAAGUUCAUUUAUGCUGUCAUGAUAAUUAUUGACCUGAAUUAUUUACCACACUAAUGAUUCUCUUAUUCUUUAAUUAGCACUAAACUAUGCUUGUGAAUUGGAUUUCUCUUUGUACCUUGAAACACAUUGGCAUUGUUUUGGUGCAUAAGCUUAGAUUUUGUUAGUAGCCUUUAACAUGGUACUGAAUCUUAUGAAUGUUUCUAAAUGAU